UAGAAAAAAGAAAAAAGAAAAAAAGUUUGCUGUAAGAACAUGAAAGAUUGUAAAAAUGUAUGGCAGAUAAAACCAGAUGCUAUGAACAUAGAAAGCGUUGAGUUGAGUUAGGUUUUGGAAAGGGUUUUGUUUUGAGUGAAUGGCGACAGCAGGAUUGUCACGCCUUCUCCCUUCUCCCCCCGCAGUAGAAUUCGCUUCCUCAAAAGGAAAGCAACUUUUCUGUGAAGCCAUACAGAAUGGAACCAUGGAAGGUUUCUUCAAGUUGAUUUCCUAUUUUCAAACACAGUCUGAACCUGCCUUCUGUGGCCUCGCUAGCUUGUCCAUGGUUCUCAAUGCCCUUGCCAUUGACCCUUGUAGGAAAUGGAAAGGGCCUUGGAGAUGGUUUGAUGAAUCAAUGUUGGAUUGUUGUGAACCGCUAGAGACAGUCAAAGUUAAAGGCAUCAGCUUUGGGAAACUUGUGUGUUUGGCUCAUUGUGCUGGGGCAAAAGUUGAAGCCUUUCGUGCUAGCAGUAGUAGUAUUGAAGAAUUUCGUAAGUAUGUCAUUGAGUGUUCACGUUCUACUUCUAAAGAUUGUCAUGUCAUCUCAUCAUACCACAGAGCUGCUAUCAAACAAACUGGAGGGGGUCACUUUUCUCCUAUCGGAGGAUAUCACCGUGAAAAGGACAUGACACUUAUUUUAGAUGUUGCACGUUUUAAAUAUCCUCCUCAUUGGGUCUCUCUUGAAGUUCUCUGGGAGGGCAUGAAUUAUGUUGAUGACACUACUGGACUAACUAGGGGGUUCAUGCUUAUAUCAAGGCCUCACAGGGAACUUGGCAUGCUUUAUACUCUGAGUUGCAAACACGAGAGUUGGUUUAAAAUUGCAAAGUUCUUAAUGGACGAUGUUCCAAAUCUAUUAAAAUCAGAGGAUAUGAAAGAUAUUCAUCAUAUUUUUUCAAGAAUAGUCACAUCACUUCCAUCUAAUUUUGAAGAAUUCAUCAAAUGGGUCGCAGAGAUCAGGAGACAAGAGGACGGUGGUCCAAGUAUAACUUCAGAUGAGAAAACAAGACUUGCUGUAAAGGAAGAGGUAUUGAAACAGGUACAGGAGACUGUGCUUUUCAAAUAUGUGGACUCGUUGUUGGCAAAUUCUUGCAAUAGACAGAUAUCAGCUUCGGUUAAUGGAAACACGUUACCUGUCAUUGCUGCAAGUAUUUGUUGCCAAGGAGCAGAAAUUUUAGGUGGAAAAUCAGACUCAUCAACAGGUUAUUGGUGUCAAGAGACACAUAUGAAAUGCUUAAAAGCUGAAGAUGAUAAGCCGAUAACAAUGGUUCCUGAGACUGUGGUAAAUGGUAACUCCGAGCAUGGGAUUGAUGUGUUGAUUCCUUCAUCAUCUGGGAAAUUAUGCUACAGUUGCUCUAAUCCAAGUAAGAACAUUAGCAUGCACCCUGCUGGCACUGAUGUGCUAACAGUGCUUCUACUGUCCUUGCCAUCUACAACAUGGGACGGCAUCACAGAUGAGCAACUUUUGGCCAAAAUACGUGAUCUGGUUCCAAUUGAUAAUCUUCCUACUUUGCUUCAGGAAGAGGUUUUGCAGUUGAGACGGCAGCUACACCUUCUCAAGAGAUGUCAAGAAGGUAAGGUGGAUAAGGAUCUUGGUGCGCCUUUUUCUUAGCAUCCCCUCAUUUUUGAUCGUUCAUUCUCAAGGCUAAGCCAUUGAGCCAGAGUCUAUUGACAACGGAAACAUAUAUUAUAUAGAGCCUAGAAUACAUCCAUUGACCUUGUGUCACAACCGAAGUUUUUUCUUCUUCUUUUGUACCUUUAAUUCAG